AUGUCAAACGACGACACGGGCGUGCAAAAUUUAGAUGAUUAGGAUUCGAAGCGCUUUGGAUAUGACUACUAAUAUGCUAAUGUCUCAAAGGACAAUAGGUCUUGCCAAUUUUUUUACUAUAAUUAAAACAAGUUAAAGUAUUAAAGUGAACCUAGAAAAAUUACCACUGGUAGACCCGAUGAGUGUCUACCUAACAAUAAUAUAAAGACUAACAAAUACACUUGCUUAAAUUUCUUUCCUAAAAACCUCUAUUUAUAGUUUAGCAAAUUAGCAAAUAUUUAUUUCUUGUUUAUUGGUAUUAUGUAGUCUAUUCCUUAAAUUUCUAUUUCGAAUGCUAUACCUGUCAUUUUUCUUCCCUUAGCUGUCAUAGUUGCAAUCACUGGAGGAAAAGAUUUAUAUGAGGAUUAUAAAAGAAUGAAAAGUGACAGAACAGAGAACGACUAAAAAAUUUAAAUUUUUGAUAAUAAAUCAAACAGUUUUAAAGAAUUUACUUGGAAAGAAAUACGACCUGGGCAUAUUGUCAAAGUAAUGAGGGACCAUUAUUUUCCUGCUGACGUAGUUUUAUUAAUGACUUCAGAUCCAUAAGGGAUUUGCUAUAUCGAGACAAAAAACCUAGAUGGUGAAACAAAUUUAGAAAGUAAACAAGCAGAUCCUCGUAUAAGAGAUAAAUGUAUUAAAGAUGAAUCUAAAUUAGGCUAAGAAUGUGUGAUUAUACAUUAUGAAAGUCCUAACAAAAGAAUCUAUCGUUUUGAUGGAAGUUUUGACACUAAAAUGGGUGAAAAUUAUCAAUUGAGUUACACAAAUGUAGUUCUUCGUGGAUGUUGCCUUAAAAACACUGAAUAUGCUAUUGGAAUGGCUGUUUACACAGGACAUUAAUCUAAGAUUAUGUAUAAUCUAUAUUAAGGAAGUGCUAAGAAAAGUACUCUAGAGCAACUUAUAGGAAAGCUAAUCAUUUAAAUUUUUUUGUUAUAGUUAGUUGUUUGUAUUAUCUGCGCAUCUAUUUAUAUUGGAUUUUAUUCUUUGGUGGGCUACGAGCUAAGUUACUUAGUUAUUAAGGCUUCAUCUGAUGUCUACGAAGAAGCUAAUGCAAUCAACUUUUUUGUAAGACUUGGUAACUGGAUACUCAUUUUCACGAAUUUUGUCCCAAUCAGUCUUAUAGUGACAUUAGAAACUGUUAAAUUUAUUCAAGGAAUGUUUAUGACAGCAGAUGAAAAAAUGGGAAACCCUACUGUAUAAGCUUCUAAUUUAAAUGAAUAAUUAGGAUAAAUAAAUUACAUUUUUUCUGAUAAAACUGGUACUUUAACUAAGAAUGUUAUGUAAUUUAAGCAAAUAGCUAUUGGGGACACUCUUUAUGGAGGAAACGAAUAAAAAUCUGAACAGCCUCUUACUGAUGAAGAAAUUAUGUUCAAUUAUCCUAAAGUAGAGAACGUUGAUUUUAGAGAUAGAUCAUUUUUAGAUAAAGUUAAGGAUGAGGAAGAUCCUGAGCAUGUGAAAAUUCGUCGAGUAUUGUUUAUGCUAGCCUCUUGCCAUACUGUAACUUCGACAAUAGAUCAUUAGUAAAACACUAUCUAUACAGCAUCUUCCCCUGAUGAAUAUGCAAUUAUUAACUUCACUAAAUUUGCUGGUGUUGAAUUUUUAAAAGUAGAGAAAGUAGAUGGAAAUACAAAUAUAUUGAUUAGGUUUAAGCAAAAAAUAUUUUCUUUGCAAUUACUGCAUGUAUUUGAAUUUGAUUCGAAUAGAAAGCGCUAGUCUGUUAUUGUCAAAGACUAAGAUGAUAAAUAUUUCUUAUUUUGUAAAGGAGCAGAUUAAGUGAUUACUAUGAAUCUCAGUGAAAAUACAGACCCGAUUAUGCUCAGAAAUUUGAAUGAAAAAUUAAAAUACUUUGGUAGUCAAGGAUUGCGUACCCUCAUGCUUGCUGAAAGACAAAUCGAUAAGCAAGCAUAUGAAAUAUGGAGUGAAAAGUAUUUAAAGGCACGUUCAUAAGCAGAAAACAAAGACUUAGAAAUCGAAAAGCUUUAGGAUGAAAUGGAAACUGAUUUAGAAAUUUUAGGAGCUACUGCUAUAGAAGAUAAAUUGCAAGAUGAUGUUUCAGAUACUAUUAAAGCAUUGAAAGAUUCUGGAAUAAAAAUUUGGGUAUUAACUGGUGAUAAAAUAGAAACAGCAAUAAACAUUGCCUAUUCUUGCAAAUUACUUGAUGAUACUUUAGAAAAAGCAAUUAUUGAUGUCGAGGAAGAAAAUGAAGUUAACAAAUUCCUCUAGGAUACUCUUUAAAACCUAUUAGAUGCUGAAGCAACAUAUAUUUAAUAAUAAAAAUAAAAUAAAAAAGCAAUAGAUGAAGAUGCUUUGAAAAACCAUGCACUUAUUAUAUCAGGUUUUGCUCUAAAUCAUAUUUCGAAGACAGAAAUAAAAACACUUAUUAUGCAAAUUGUUAAAUAUUGCAAGUGUAUUAUCUGCUGCAGAGUAUCCCCAAAAUAAAAAUAAGAAGUUGUUACUACAGUUCGUGAAAUGGAAAAGAAUGCAACAACACUCGCUAUUGGUGAUGGAGCUAAUGAUGUAAAUAUGAUUACAGCAGCUCAUGUAGGAAUUGGUAUAAAAGGUGUAGAAGGUUAGUAAGCUGCAAGAGCUAGUGAUUAUUCUAUUAAUUAAUUUAAGGAAUUAAGAAGGUUGCUAUUCUAUCAUGGUAGAGAAUGUUAUCGUAGAAAUUCAAAUUUAGUACUAUAUAACUUUUACAAGAAUGUCUUGCUUGUGCUUCCUCAAUUUUGGUAUGGUUGGACUAAUUGGUUUAGUGGCUAAACACUAUAUAACUCCUUCAUCUAUUAACUUUUUAACAUCUUCUUUGCAUCACUUCCUAUUAUGGUUUAUGCAAUAUGGGAUGAAGAAUAUUCCGAUGUAGUGCUCGUGAAAAAUGAGAAAAAGAAUUACUACGAAUAAGGAAUAAAAAAUAAGCUUUUCAACCAAAGAGAAUUCUGGAAAUGGAAUCUGAUAGCUUCAGUACAAGCUGGAUUGAUUGUCAUAUGUUCACUUUUCCCAUUAGAGCUGAAUUUUGUUACAUAAAAUGGAUAGACUUAGUGGUUUUGGGCUACUGGUACUAUGGUUUUUGGUUUAGUUGUAGUUAUUUCAAACUUAAAAAUCCUAAUUAUGUCAACAGAUCACUCUUUGGGUUCUUUAAUGAUCUUAGCUUUAUCUAUGCUUCUUUAUUUGAUUACUUGGGUAAUCGUGAGCAAUUUGAAUUCCACAGAAAUUUAUAGAACUCUUGGAUAAAUGUUCUAAACUCCUAAUUUCCACCUUGGUAAUAUACUAUGCAUAAUUGUUACAUCAUUCUUUGAUUGGGCUUUUUGUUUGUACAAAAAAUGGACUUAUGAGUUUGAUGAAAAGUAGCAAGUAACUAAGAUUGAUAAGACACCAAAAUAAGUUAAAACAAAUAGUACCUUCCCAAUUAAAAUGCGUACUUUUAAUACAGAUGUACCUAAAAAAUAAAAUGGUUUUGUCAAAGAUCAAACUAAAGCAAAUUAUGCAACAUAAGAAAUGAAAAGAACUUAUUAUCAAGAUGUCAAUACUGGUUAUGCUUUUAAUUAGAUAGAUAGACACUAAUAUGUCUAAAAAUAGAAAGAGUAGCAAAUGUUUUGA